AUCGUCUGAUCGGGUUCAGACUGCAGCCAUUCGGCAUUUCGGUCCCUCCGGAAAACCCUAAGCCCCCAUUUUCCAUCAGCCCCUUCAGAGUUCAGACUCCGGCUGCCCUCUCUCUCUCUCUCGGCCGCCGCGAUGAGGCGCUUCCUCACCCACCUCCACCGCCACUCCCACCGCCUCCUCCCGCCUCCGCCGCCGUCUCGUAUCCCCACCAGCAAGGUCAACCUCCCUUUCCUCCUGUCCCGUCGCCUCCUCUCCGACGACGCCUCGCCCCCAGCCUCCGCGCCACCGCCUUCCCCACCUCCGUCUGCCGCGCCACCGCCUCCCCCUCCUCCAUCCGCCGUCGACGUCCCAAACGAAGAGUUGAAGCGGAGGUUGGAGUCUUACUACAAGGUGGAUGAUGAGUUGGAGCUAUCGUCCGUUGCCGAGGCUGUUCUAGAGCGCAAGCUUGCAGAUGCGCACAGUGAGACCGACGAUGACCUUAUUGAGGAGCUGCGGAGCAAGCCGCUCCCCGAGGUCCGUGAUCGGGACUUUGAGUCCGACUUCGAGGAGAUGCAUGACACCGAUGAGGAGCUGACCGACCUAUACAAUGCGAGACAGCAUGUUGAGAAAAAGAUGAAGAGCGAUGAGUUCUAUAGCAUGGAUGACACCAAGUGGGAUGAGAUGAUCAAGGAAGCAACAGACAAGGGCCACCUGCGUAACAUGAAGGAGUGUGAGGAUAUCCUCGAGGACAUGCUCCACUGGGAUAAGCUACUACCUGAUGAAAUAAAGCAAAAGGUGGAGGCCAAAUUUAAUGAGUUGGGAGACAUGUGUGAGAGGAGGGAGCUUGAACCUGAGCAGGCUUAUGAGCUAUUCAAAGAAUUUGAGGAUAAGAUGGUCUCAGAGUGCACAGAACUAAUGGAAGCAGAGACACCAACUGUAGAUGAAUUUUCUCAAACUGAUAAUAAGAAUGUUAAGUUGAAUGAUCCACCUGGUGAAGGACCUGUUCUCAGGUGGGAGUCACGUAUUGUAUUUACUCCUGGUGGCGAUGCAUGGCAUCCAAAAAAUAGAAAAGUUAAACUCAGUGUAACUGUCAAGGAAUUGGGUCUUUCACGGCAUGCUUUCCGUCGAUUACGUGAAGUUGUUGGAAAGAGGUAUAAUUCAGGAAAGGAUGAGCUCACAAUAACCAGCGAAAGGUUUGAUCAUCGAGAAGAGAACAGAAAAGAUUGCUUGAGGACACUGUAUGCUCUAGUGGAAGAUGCUAUGAAAGCUGACCAGUUGGCUGAUAAUGCUAGAAACGCUUACGUUAAAGACAGACUUAAGGCUAAUUCUCGGUUCAUGGACCGUCUGAAGACGAAGACACAGGAAUUGAGGCUAGCUGCAUAAGGUGUGUUAUGGAGCUUCACAUUGGAACAAUUUCAUCUCCCUUGUUAUCAGCAAGCUGACCAUCCUGUUUAACAUUUGUAUUGUUAGCCACGAUACAUGGACAGGGAGAAAAAUGUAUUUUUACAUUGCAGCAUUUGUUUGCACUAUUUUGUAGGUUUACUGUAUAUUUGUUCCUUCCAAAGAAAGCUAUAUUUUAUUCUGGACAUGAAAUGCCCGUGCAAAUCACAAUUUGCAUGACUGUUAAUGGUUUCUGAAUAACAAAUUUGGGCUUAAAAUUUUCAGUAGUA